CUGCUCGGGUCAUUUGAAGGUUAGCAGCCUGGGAAGGGUUCAUGGAGAGUUCACACGCAUACAUUAAGCAAUCCUAUCUUUCACUCUGUGCGACAAAAAAAAGAAAGAAUCUAGUAGGAAAUGAGCUGUGCGGAGGCAGGAGAAGGCAUUCGUCAUCGACUGGAGGAGAGACGCGCUUUUCACCUCGUUCUGCGUUGUUUAUAAAAAUAUAUCUGAUCGGAUAGAGGACCGUCCUUUACGCACUGGAUAGAGAGAGAGAGAGAGAGAGAGAGAGAGAGAGAGAGAGAUCAGUAAAUCACUUACAUUACAUCUGUUGCAUUUUCCUGAAGAAGAAGAAGAAGAAGAAGAAGAAGAAGAAGAAGAAGAAGAAGAAGAAGAAGAAGAAGAAGAAAGAGUGAAAAUGAUAAACAGCUACAGUUUUACCGGCACCGACGAUCCUAAGUCGUGAUUAACAAAAAUAAUUGUGUGGCACCGAGAACCAAACUGAAGCCGCACUUCUAUGGAGUUUAUGGAUGCACUUUUGCAAGACGCACAACCUUUACCUUUGCAAGGCUAAAGCAGGGACACAAGAAAACAGCAGUAAUAAUAAAAAAUAAUAAUAAUUUAAAAAAAAACAAAAAACGGGGAAACACCAGAAGAGGCUCGAGUCUGAAUGUCCAUCAUGUUCGACUGCAUGGAUGUUCUGAGUCCGGGACAGAUGUUGGAUCUGUGCAGCUCCACUCCGGCGUGUAUGCUGCAGGAGAAGGCGCUGAAGGCGUGUUUCAGCGGAAUCACACACACAGACUGGCGGCUCCGGCGCAGCGCGCACUCCAUCGAGACACAGAGCAGUAGUUCAGAGGAACUGGUGCCCAGCCCGCCCUCGCCCCUUCCACCUCCACGCGUCUACAAGCCCUGCUUCGUGUGCCAGGACAAAUCCUCUGGGUACCACUAUGGCGUCAGCGCCUGCGAGGGAUGCAAGGGUUUCUUCCGCAGGAGCAUCCAGAAGAACAUGGUGUACACAUGUCACAGGGACAAGAACUGCAUUAUCAACAAGGUGACGAGGAACCGCUGUCAGUACUGCCGUCUGCAGAAGUGCUUUGCUGUUGGAAUGUCUAAAGAGUCUGUGAGGAAUGACAGGAAUAAAAAGAAAAAGGAAAGUCUGAAGCCCGAGCUGACAGAAACCUACGAGCUCACGGCUGAGCUGGAGGCCAUCAUCGAAAAGAUACGGAGGGCUCACCAAGAGACGUUCCCAUCUCUCUGCCAACUGGGCAAAUACACCACGAACUCGAGUGCUGACCACCGUGUGCGUCUGGAUCUGGGGCUGUGGGAUAAGUUCAGUGAGCUGGCCACCAAGUGCAUUAUAAAAAUCGUGGAGUUUGCCAAACGGGUGCCGGGUUUCACUGGACUCACUAUCGCUGACCAGAUCACUCUGCUUAAAGCCGCCUGCCUGGACAUACUGAUCCUGCGUAUCUGCACACGGUACACACCGGAUCAGGACACUAUGACCUUCUCAGAUGGUCUGACACUAAACCGGACGCAGAUGCACAACGCCGGAUUCGGACCGCUCACAGACCUGGUGUUCACCUUCGCCAACCAGCUCCUGCCUAUCGAGAUGGACGACACGGAGACAGGCCUGCUCUCGGCCAUCUGCCUCAUCUCCGGGGAUCGUCAGGAUCUAGAGGAGCCGUCCAAGGUUGACCAGCUCCAGGAGCCUCUUCUGGAAGCACUUAAGAUCUAUGUGAGAAAGCGCAGGCCCAGCAAGCCUCACAUGUUCCCCAAGACUCUUAUGAAGAUCACGGAUCUCCGUAGCAUCAGCGCCAAAGGUGCUGAGCGAGUUAUCUCUUUAAAGAUGGAGAUCCCUGGUUCCAUGCCUCCUCUCAUUCAGGAGAUGCUGGAGAACUCAGAGGGUCAAGAUGGACAGAGCUCUUUGGAAAAGAGCAGCACGGAAGAGAAGGGCAGCUCCUUAGAUCUAAAGUCUGCCACGUCGCCCUCUCCGGAACCUACUUCCUCGUCGAGCGAGGAACCAUAGAAGCAAAGAGAAAGCCAGAACCUCAUGUCUUCUUUAUUGUGCACACCACAAGUGGACCAUCAGUGCUAUCCUUUCCCCAGUUUGAACUAUUUUUAAAAGAAUUCAUUCCAACUUUCUUCAUGUACCACUACAAAAAUAC